GCAGUGCGCAGAAGCAGAGGCAGAACCACUGAGCUCCGAGGGCCCAGGAGGAAGCUCCUGAACUUCUGAGGGAGAAAGUGAGGCUGGCCAGAGCCACUCAGGCCACCAGACCAGUUACGGGGUCAGCUGCAGAGCCUCUGUAGUCCUCGCAGGUGGCUCUAGAACUGGAGGUCCACAGAAGUGAGAGGUGCAGCAGGGUCUGAAGGCCUUCGGAAUGGAGCCUGUGGACAGGGAGAAGCCACCCUCUGUGUCUAGCCUGGUGACUGUGUUUGAGGAGGGCAGGACCUCAGGAGCGGCGCCUGGAGACGACAGCCCGGGAGGCGCACAGCAUCCGCAGGAGUGUAGGCCAGCCCUGUCCCUGGGGCCCUGGGAGAUGCUCCCUGCUGAGGAGGCCCCACAGUCUCGGCCCAGGACUGUGAGCAGGAGCUACCUGAACUCCCUGAAGGACAAGCUGUCCAGUGGGGCCUGGAGGAAGUCUUGCCAGCCGGGGACCCAGUCCCCAUCAGAGACCCAGGAGCCGGAGGAGAAGAAGAUCGUCCGCGAGCUGCUGGAGACGGAGCAAGCCUACGUGAGCCGCCUGCACCUGCUGGACCAGGUGUUUUUCCAGGAGCUGCUGAGCGAGGCCCGCAGCAGCAAGGCCUUCCCGGAGGAGGUGGUCAGGCUCAUCUUCUCCAACAUCUCCUCCAUCUACCAGUUCCACGCGCAGUUCUUUCUCCCGGAGCUGCAGCGCCGCCUAGAGGACUGGACGGCCACGCCCCGCAUCGGCGACGUGAUCCAGAAGCUGGGUCCGUUCCUGAAGAUGUACGGCGAGUACGUGAAGAACUUCGAGCGCGCCGGCGAGCUGCUGGCCACCUGGGCCGAGAAGUCGCCCCCGUUCCAGGAGGUCAUCACCCGCAUCCAGAGCAGCGAGGCCUCGGGCAGCCUGACGCUGCAGCACCACCUGCUGGAGCCGGUGCAGCGCGUCCCGCGCUACGAGCUGCUGCUGCGGGAGUACGUGCGCAAGCUGCCGCCCGGGGCGGCCGACCGGCCCGACGCCCAGAGUGAGGAGGCGCGCGGGCCCGGGGCCGGGGCUGGGCCGGGGUGGUGGGGUGCGGGGCCCGGGAGCCCCCGGGCUCGCGAGGGCCCACAGCCGGGAGGGCCCAGGGCGGGACUCGAACCGGCGCCGUCGGAGGCGACGCGCGUGCGCCCCGCGCCUUGGGGAGCGCGGCCCCGCCUGACGCCCGCCGGCCUGCGCUGCCCAGGGGCGCUGGACGUGAUCUUCUCGGCCGCCCAGCACUCCAACGCCGCCAUCGCCGAGAUGGAGCGGCUGCGGGACCUGUGGGCCGUGUACCAGCGCCUGGGCCUGGACGAUGACAUCGUGGACCCGUCCAACGCGCUGCUGCGCGAGGGCCCGGUGCUCAAGAUCUCCUCGCGCCGCCGCGACCCCAUGGAGCGCUACCUCUUCCUGUUCAACAACAUGCUGCUGUACUGCGUGCCCCGGGUCCUGCAGGUGGGCGCCCACUUCCAGGUGCGGACCCGCAUCGAUGUGGCCGGGAUGAAGGUGCGGCCGCUGCCGGACUCGGAGUUCCCGCACUCAUUCCUGGUGUCGGGGAGGCAGCGCACGCUGGAGCUGCAGGCGCGGUCCGAGGAGGAGAUGAUUUCCUGGAUGCAGGCCUGCCAGGCCGCCGUGGAUCACCUGGAGAGGCGCACUGAGACCUUCAAGGCCGCGGUGCAGGGCCCGGAGGGCGACGCCCAGGAGCAGGAGCUGCAGUCCGAGGAGCUGGGCCUCCGGGCCCCGCAGUGGGUGCGCGACAAGAUGGUGACCAUGUGCAUGCGCUGCCAGGAGCCCUUCAACGCCCUGACGCGCCGGCGCCACCACUGCCGGGCCUGCGGCUAUGUCGUCUGUGCCCGCUGCUCUGACUACCGCGCCGAGCUGCAGUACGACCAGGGCCACCUGCACCGCGUGUGCGCGGCCUGCUACACCUUCCUCACCGGCUGCGUGCUGCCCGAGGGCCGCAGGAGGGGCAUCCUGCAGAAAGGGGCCGCAGCCGGGCCCGACGGCAGCGUGAUGAGCGGCUUCCUGCAGCUGCUUGGGGACAGGUGGGGCCGGAGCGGCAGCCGCAGCUGGUGUGUGAUCCCCCGGGACGACCCCCUCGUGCUGUACAUCUACGCGGCCCCGCAGGACACGCGGGCGCUCACCUCCAUCCCGCUGCUGGGCUACCAGGUGACAGCCGGGCCGCAGGGGGACCCACGUGUCUUCCAGCUGCAGCAGUCGGGCCAGCUGCUCACGCUCAGGGCCGAGACAGAGGAGCUGCAGGGCCGCUGGGUGGAGGCGGUGGGGCGGGCGGCGGGCGGCGGGGCCCCUGGGGAGCCCGACUCGGCUGUGCUGUCUGACUGAGCAGGACCACGGUGCCCGGUGUCUGCCGCGUGUGUGUCCCUUCACCCCCGGCAAAUGUGGGUCUGUCCCUUCCCUUCCGGAAGCAGUGACCGAGGUCCCUGUUUGCCUGGCAGAAGGGGCUCCUGGGCCUGGACUGAGAACGGAACGUCUGGGUACCCCAGGAUUCCUGCUGCUUCACAGCCUGGGUCCCCCAGGGGCUGUCCCCCGGCCCUGAGGGCGGUCAGAUGACAAACAGACACAGUCCACUUGAGAAUUAAAA